AUGGAAGGGGUUCAGCCCCUGAAUGAGAAUCUGGAAAGUGGAUCAAGGCCAAGGUUCAAGUGGAAGAAGCUAUCGAUGGUGGUCUCUGGGAUUCAGGGAGUGGGGCUGCUCCUGUGCCUGGUCUACAUUUGCCUGCAUCUCUAUCCUGCUCCGGUGAAGUAUCCUCCAAUCCAAAGUCUCAGAGCACAAAUUACCAGAUGUGAGAAUGGGAGACUAUUCAUCAGCCUACCCAGGAAUGAGUAUCAAACCAUGGAGGUGAAGAACAACUCAAUUGUCAUCACCUGUGAUGGGCUUUAUCUCAUCUACCUGAAGGGCUCUUUCUUCCAGGAGGUCAAGAUCAACCUUCAUUUCCGAAAGGGUCGAAGUUCCAUCUCUAUGCCCAUGAUGGACAAUGGUCAAAGGGUUGACUUCACUUUGGUAGCCUCUUUGGGCUUCAAAGAUAUAGUUUACUUGACUAUAAAUGCUUCUGAUACUUCCUGCGAAAACCUCCAGAUAAAUGAUGGGGAAUUGUUUCUUGUCCUGCUAACACCUGGUGGAUUCUGUGCCCCUUGAAGAUCUUAUAGUAACACCAUGAACCAGGUGCCACUGUGAAUUCCACUCCACGGGUGGGCAGGACACAGAUUUCUUCUUGAGAGAGAUGAAUCCAUCCAGUUCAACUGUGGGAGUUGUGACCAAAUGCAGAUCCUACUCUACUUCCUCACUCAGGGAUAUUUAAAACCUGUCCUGCAUGACAGUUGACCUCACAAUCCCAUGAUUGCCUUGAGCCUACCAAGAGACCUUCUGGGAAUGAGAAAAUAAAUGUCUCUUCAAGAUGCAUUGUUUCUGCUGGUCAGAAGAUUAUUGUAAAAAAAACUUUUGUCACUGAAAACUGCACUUGGCUACUAUUUUCUAGACUUUCGGCAUUGUCAAAAGAAAGAGCAAGGAAUGGGGGAGGGGCUAAGAUUCUGGAAAAGGGCCGUAUCCACCAACCAGUAACAGGUGAAGUGUCCUCUCCAAGGCUAAAGUGAUUAAUGUUUACAUGUUGCCUAAAGCCCUCUCUCAUUUCAUGGGAGCUCAGAAGGAAGAGCACCCUGUGGAAACCAGGACUGGAAGACAGCUGUUUAAGUGACACUCUGGGGCUCUUGCUAUCGCAUUUCUUUCUUGGCCUCCAAACACAUAUAAUAGAAAACUCCCUUGGAAGAACUCUCCCGGGUCUAUGAUUCCACUCAAAAAAACUCAUCAGUGAUGGACUAGUUCACCUCUAAGGUUAUUUUUAUUAUACAGAAUAAUAGUGAACUGGAUGUCUCAGGAUUUUCACAGUCUGAGGCCUGGUUUAUAAGUUUUCUCUUUCAAAACGUCCAUAUAAAUUUUUGAUAAAUUUUUACAUUGUAGUAUUUUCUGGCCAUUUUCAAUAGUAGAUACAACACAUCACAAAAUCUCUCUAGAUG